CCGUUCCCGCCUUUUUUCCCCUGGUUUCUUCUCUACCAGUUGCCAUGGAGAUCUCCUCCGUGCAAAUGCUCUGCAAACAUUUGAUUUUCUGCGCCGUUCAGAGGUGCCGUCUGAAGAAUGAUCCGUGCAGAUUAUCAGUCAAACUGUCCUCUUCUCCGCACCUCAAUCCGCCUCUCGUCGGAAUCUCAGUUUCAGAUACUGGUGUUGGAAGUAGUCUGGAGGAAUACCAACAUCUGAAGUACCAAAAUGACCUGGCUGGUAAAUGGGAUGGGUUGAUGUCUAUUUCAACUACCAGCAUUUCUGACAGAGAGAUGCAUCACUUAAACCUCAACAUGAAAGAUGCUAUUUAUUCUAAAAGACUGACAAAGCUACCUUCAACAGAAAAAAAUGGUGCACAAUUCAGUGGCACUGAAGUAUCAAUAUCAACAUCUGAAAGUGUUGAUCAUUUACUGGAAGAUCUAACCUUAUUUUUUAAGAAGAUGCUCAUUUUAAAAAUCCCUAUGGUUGCUGUUGAACUGUUGGUUGAUUAUAAUAACAUGCCAGGAUCACAUGUUGAAUGUUGUAUUAUGGCCAUAGAGUGUGGCUCGUUACCUUUUCUGGAAGAAAGCAUCACCAGCCUAAGAUCAGGACUUGAAGAUUAUGUUUACAGGCGCCGAAAUAAACUGAAUAGUGUUUGUCCUUGCUUUUCCACUGGGGGGAAUUUGAAGGUUGGCACAGGAAUUGCUAGCUGCUCAGGAAACCUUAAUAGACUGAAGGUGGAAGCUGUUGUUAUUAUUAGUGAAUUAUCUGAGCUAGCCACUCCAUCUUGCCUAAUGGAACAUGAAAUGGAAACACAGGGACUUUGUACCCUACACUGUCUCCAAAUCAUCACUAGAUGCAUUGAAAGGCAUCAAUUGGAAAGUCUACGGAUUGACUCUGAGGAACAUUAAGGACCAGGAUGGUUGUGCAUUGCUUGAAUGGGAAAAUUUGCCCCCAUCUGUCCACAUUGAUAUUGUCAUCCAUUGUUAUGACAAACAAUAUCCUUCGCUAUCUAAUGUACAAUUUACAUCACCUCGGAUGCCUGGAAUCAAUUGUAUACUGACUAUAUUUAGUUAAUAAAAAAUGGGGAAUUAU